AGAGCCAGCGGAACACCGAGCUGGAGGGCUGGUGCUGCGCAGGAGACCUGCAAACCAGCAGCUUGAAACUGGGGGACGAGCCUCACGUUUCCUUCAAGCUUCUUUCUCUUAACAAAAAAGAAAGAAAGAAAAAGAAAAUCCUCUGUUGCCACCUCAACUUGGAGGAGCAGGGCGUGAUUCGAAGGACUGACGCAGGUUUCAUUCAUGGACCUUGAAGUUAGGGCAAGUCACUCAACAGGACCCGCGAGGCCAGGGGUAGCCCCAGUUCCUGAGCGGGUUCAGCCUGGCGGUGCCCUCUGGCAGCCCACCUGCAGCCGCCAGCUGAGGUUCUGGGCGCCUUCUGACUGUGCUUUGGAAGUAAUGACAUUACCCGUGGUCUGGACCCAGGUGGCCUCCCUUGAUGAGCGUCCCUACCAGGUCUGACUGCCCUGGUGGCUGGAGAUUCUAAGCCAGUAUGAUGGAUGAUGACACAGAGUUGAGGACUGAUGGAAACUCCCUUCUGAAGGCUGUGUGGCUGGGCAGGCUGCGGCUGACCAGACUCCUCCUGGAAGGGGGAGCUUAUAUCAAUGAGAGCAAUGACAAAGGCGAAACGGCUCUCAUGGUGGCAUGUAUCACCAAACAUGUGGACCAGCAAAGUAUCAGCAAGUCUAAGAUGGUGAAGUACCUGUUGGACAACAGGGCAGACCCUAAUAUCCAGGAUAAGUCUGGAAAGACUGCUCUCAUCCAUGCUUGCAUCAGAAGAGCCGGGGGAGAAGUGGUCUCCCUACUACUGGAAAAUGGAGCUGACCCCAGCCUUGAGGAUCGCAGUGGGGCUUCAGCUCUGGUUUAUGCAAUAAAUGCAGAUGACAAGGAUGCAUUGAAACAUCUCAUUGAUGCCUGCAAAGCCAAAGGGAAGGAAGUGAUUAUUAUAACAACAGAUAAGUCAUCUUCCGGCACCAAAACUACUAAACAGUAUCUUAAUGUCCCUCCUUCACCCAAAGUGGAAGACCGACAGUCACCUCCACUGUGUGCGUCUCCUUCUGACAUUGAACUGAAGGCUCCAGGCCUGAGCUCUCCACCAAAUGAAAAAGAGGAUGUCUUCUUCGGCCUCCAAACAGGACACCCAAGUGGCUGUAACACCUCUAAGAUUCUCAAUGAGCCUGGGUCUCCCACUAGGAAAGUCAGCAACCUUCCCACCAGGAAAGUGGGGGCCCGCUUGCCCCAACUGAAGAGGCUCCAGUCUGAACCCUGGGGCCUGAUUGCACCAUCUGUGUUGGCAGCCUCCUCUCGUCAGGAUGAAUCCCACAGUGCCAGCACAGACAAUGAGGUCAUCAGGAACAUCAGUGACAUGUCUUUCCCUAAAAGGGGGCCCCUCUCCAGAACCAACAGCACUGAUGGCAAAGACCCUGCCCUCUUCCCCACAGUCCCAGAGCAGGCUCUGAAGGUUCCAGCCUCUUCAGCCCCAGCAUCCUGGAAAGCAGCCUAUGAGAAGGGCCAGGCUCCCCACCCUCGUCUGGCAAGGAGAGGAGCUCUCCCUGUUGACCAAGAGAAAGGUGGCAUGUGCCCAUCGGGAGCCUCUGCUCUCAAAGAGCCAGCAUCCCUCAAACGGCUGGAAAAUGACCUGUAUGACUUAGAGUUACAACCAGGGGCUGACUCACCCAACUCCAUUUCCCUCGAGCCAGGCAAAGGUCCCUUAGAUAGAAAGAAGCUCAACAGCUCCCACUUGUCUCUUUUCCAUGGCUCUCGGGAGUCCCUGGAUGCCGUGCCCACCACAUCCCCCAGCUCUGUGCGUCGCAGACCCCCGCAUCUUCUAGAAAGACGAGGUUCUGGAACUCUGCUGCUAGACCGCAUCGCUCACACUAGGCCUGGCUUUCUUCCACCUUUAAAUGUGAAUCUGAACCCACCCAUCCCCGAUAUUAGACCGAAUAGCAAACCUUCUUCCCCACUUGCUAGUGGCUUAAAAUCUAUGGUUCCUGUUGCUCCAAGUUCACCAAAGAGAGUUGACUUGAGAAGUAAAAAGAAGCUCCUCAGAAGGCAUUCUAUGCAAAUUGAACAGAUGAAGCAGCUGUCGGACUUUGAAGAAAUAAUGACCUAGAAACCUUCAGGAAGGCUUCUCCUCACGUCUAAAUCUAGGUAGUUUAUGGAAGGGACCAAAAUCUAGACCAACAUAGCCAUGUAGAUCCUCUGUCUCUGCUCACUCCUCAAUGCUGGUAUGUGGCCACUUCAGAAGACAUGGGAACAGGGUGCUACUUCACCUUUGAAAUAAAUGCAGGGAUUAUUUCACUUCUGAAAUGAUUAUUUCGCUCCUGAAAUAAUCCCUGGGUUUUUACAGGCCUACUUGAAAAGAGUUCAGGAUAAUUGGGUUUCAGAGAUGAAAUUACAAGAAAAAAAUAAUUCCCCCAAGGAAGACAACCUUUGCAGUUUGAAGGUGACCCAGCAAGUAUGGUGAUUUAAGCUGUGGAUCCCAGUUACUUGCCUUCAGACAAACAGUAAAUGUGAGUUGAAGUCAUGAGACAGUAUUACAGUAUGCUAUUCAGAGCCUAUAAAGUAGCUAAAAAAAAAAAGAAAAGAAAGAAAGAGAAAAUGAGGCUUUAGCAUUUGUCCAAAAUGUGCAAAAGCUCAAAACUAAUCCCUAAGCUCCUGAAUUUGGCAUCUGGGUUCAGUUUGAUGAUAGAAGCAGGAUCCCCCAUCAGAGAGGGUCUGGUAUGUGGGUCUUUCUUGCCUCUUGCUAUUCUGCAGGCACUGUUAAGCAUGGUUGAGUUCUGAAAGAUCUCUUUUCAGAUCCAGAGAUGUUCACGGACUCAUUUGGGUGUGCUGUGAGUCCCUACAUAUCACAUUUUCGUGGCUCCAUUCUGACACGUCAUUGUAGAUGGUACCUCAAAGAUGAAUCUUGCUCCCAAGAUGCAACUUUUGCCAGACCCCUGUGCAGACAUAGGCUCUGUGUUGAAAUCUAGUAAAGAACAGUCAAAGAGAACUAAUUUGGACUUGAAUGUGACACAAUUAAUAGAACAGAACUACAAGAAAUGUUACCGAUUAUUCUUAAGAAAACUCAAUGAAUACUACCAAAACCGGGAUGAUAGGUGAUGAUGGGAUGUACUUGGAUUGAAAAGUAAAUUGGAGCCGAGCACAGUGGUGCACACCUGUAAUCCCAGCAGCUCAGGAGGCUGAGGCAGGAGGACUUGUAAGUUCAAAUCCAGCCUCAGCAAUUUAGUCAGACCCUAAGCAGCUUAGUGAGAUCUUGUCUCAAAAUAAAAGAUUAAAAUAAGGGCUGGUGGGUGGGGGGCAUGGCUCAGUGGUUAAGCGCUCCUGGGUUCAAUAAAUAAAUAAAUAAAUAAAUAAAUGAAGUGUCUGGUCCUCAAGCUGAUGGCAAAAAAAUGAGGACCAUUUCAUUUUCCAGCCUGAAAAUUUUAGGGGAUAUCAAAUGUCAUUUCUCUUUCAGUUAAUAGUUAAUUCAAGAAAAAUCCAGUUUCUUCUUUGCCUGAAUUAUGUAGGGGUUGGGAGAUUCAUAGGAAUAAUCUAUACAAUCCUUUGAAGAAAUUAAGUAAAGUCUCACUGAAAGACUCAAGUGUCUCCUUGAGAUCUCCAAGAUUCUAAAAAUCCUAGUUCCUAAAUUUAUUUGUAAAGUAAAAAAAAAAUCCGUAACAUAAGCUCUACAUUUUGUGAUAUUUCAUUAAGAACAUUUGCUAGAAAUUUGUCUAGAUAUCCCAAGCAAAAGUGUUACUGAUAGUCAUUAAUUAUAAACAAAACAAAAUUGCUUAUUUUAAAAAAUGAUUCAUUUAGGGAAAGCUCUUAACCUCAGCACUAGUAACACUGGAGGCUGGGUCAUUCUUUGUUCUGGGGGCCUGUCUGUCCUGUGCACUGCAGGACAUUUAGCAUCCUCUUCAGCCUCUGCUCACUGAGUGACAGUAUCACCCUGUUCCCUUCCCCCCAGUUGUGAGAACCAAAGACGUCUCCAGACAUGGCCAGAUGUCUCCUGGGGCAGCAUCACCUUGGUGAUCACCAGGGCUGUAGAGAAUGGCCGUGCCUGUGAUGGAAAUAUGUGAAGAAUCAAAGUGCCGAUCGGAGGUGUGGCACACAAGCACCCAAACUCAAGCACUAACGGGAUCUUGUAUCUUGCAGGAAGGGAAGAAAAUGAGAAGAAAAGCAUGUAAGGUAGUGAAAACCUACUAUUCGUGAACUUGUUUAGUGUGGCCGAUCCAUAUGCUGUUCAGACACAUUUAAUUGUUAACAGUUCUCACCAAGUAGAUGUGAGUAUAGGCAAAGAAACAGCUCUACUGCAUUCCAAAGAGAAUCAAACAGGCAGCCACUGUUUUCAGUGAGUCAUUGAAAACACACAUACACACACACACACACACACAGCACACUUUAAGUGCUUUUCCAGCUAUUGUGAUUGCAUCAAAACUAGCCUCUGCUAGUAGUGUUUAGCUGUGGGGAUAGCAAGAAAAAUGCUGCAGAGGAGCAUUUUUCUAAACCUUUAGCUAAGACUUGAAAAUCUAACUUAUCCUCAGUAGUGACAUUUAUAGUGAUUAGCCUGGGUGAAACACCAAACAUGACUUGAGUGGCUCGGUACAUUGCACGAGCGUGUAGCACUGUACUCUCCUGCCACUCGUGGCCUGUGUAAGUCCCUGUGACCUCUUCAUCAGCCUUUCUCUAGGCAGUCAUCAGAAUGCUGCCUUCUCCCAUCAGUUCUUGAUGAUGCAUUUGCUGAAUUAGACUGUCCUAAACUAGUACAAUGGUGAAAAUACCAUGGUUUACUCAUAAAUAAGAAAUUUUAUCUGUGUCAAUGAGCCUCAUGAGAAUGCUUUUCAAGAAGCAUAUUUUAGAUGCAAACAUGCUUCCUAGACCAGAAGUUAGCUUUUUUCCUUUUGGAAUCCAAGAGUCACUCUCUAAGUUAGCUUCAAACUGGAGUUUCAUAAUUUAGCCCCUUAAGAUUCUCUGGACUGUUUAUUAAAAUGUCAUUCAGAAAGUGAGCCUAAAGUUUGAAGUCUGGAACGUUGAUUUAAUUUCUAGACAUCCCAAAGCUUUUUUUUUUUUUUUUUUAGAAAACAAAA